AUGGCUCGUGCUCGUGCUGCCGGAACGGAAACCCUCCUCCUCCUCGCCGCCAUGCUCGCCGCGGCAGCGGGCCUCCCCGAGGUCACGCCCAACUCGCCCUGCUCGUCAGCGUGUUUCGACUGGGGAGGCCUGGACGCAAGCUCGCCAAGCGGCACCACCAGGGGCAGCGAUGUCGACAUCGUCUGCCCCGACCACCAGUUCGACACCACCGCCAGGGGACGCAAGCUCGCCUCCUGCCUUGGCUGUCUGCAACACAGCACCUUUAGCCAGGGCGUCGAGAGCGACCAGGCGUGGUUCCUCUACAACCUCCGAUAUGCCUUUACUUCCUGCGUGUUUGGGUCCCCCAACGGCACGGCCGUUUCGUCCCACCCGUGUGCCACGUCCGAGGCAUGUGGCCGUCUCGCACCGGCUUUGCAAGACGGCCUCGCGCACCCACGCCGAGUUGAGCGCCUGGGCUACUGCGAUGGCGUGUUGUUUGCCUCACGCGCCAACGCCUGUGUAGAAUGUGUCCGAGCCGACGGGCAGCACGCCUACCUCUCAAACUUCUUGGUCGUCCUCGAGGCAGCAUGCCAGCAGAAACCACACGCAACGCAAGCAAUCGGCCUCAACGACACCAUCUUCUCCCACCACGCCGUCCAACUCGCCCAGCCUGCUUCCUCGUCCCCUCCGCCAUUGACCACCCCCGCCAUCGUGGGCAUCCUCGUCGGCGCCAUCGUCCUGGUCGCCCUCCUGAGCGGCUGCGUCUUCCUGCACCUCCGCAAACGCAGGAGCCGCACCCUUCGCUUUAGACGCACCUUGUCGUUCCGCUGCAAGACAGCCGCCUCCACGACUUGUGCAGCCCAGGCCCUGUAUCAGGAUGACCAUCACAAUGCCGAGCGCUUCUUCUCUGAAAAAGGAGCCGCGAUGGCAAGCAUGUCCCCCGUGGCGAGGUCGGAGCCUCCGCGGUGGACCCAGACAAGCGCCCACAGGCAGCUGACUACCACAAAGACGGCGGUGCCGCGUCCCCCGCCGGCGUAUUCGCCUGAGGGCAUGGGCUUCUCUCCAGACUACUACACGCCUACCAGCCCCGAUUUCACGAGACCCAACGUGUCUCCGCUCACCUACAGAGCCGGUGGUUCGCCUGGCGUCACGGCCCUGCGCGCUUUUGGCGCUGCGUCUCCAGGGAGGGAAGCCUCGCUCAGCUCCAGAGCCAUGCGGGGAGAACGAGACACACGUCCCGGUCUGCCGUCCAUGCAUUGA